AUGAGAUUGGCUAACAUCUUUAGAAAACCAAUGGGACAAUUUUUGGAUAAACCUAAAGUUGACAAAAGUCCUGAAAAAGGGAAAAUCGACGAUAUUCGAUAUGGAUUAUCUCACAUGCAAGGCUGGAGAGUGGAUAUGGAAGAUGCACAUGCAGCAGUUCUUAGAUUAGAUGAUAAUCGAUGGUCCCGUUGGUCCUAUUUUGGAAUUUUUGAUGGUCAUGCAGGAAAAUAUGUCGCUAUACUCGCAUCACAACGUUUACAUAUGAGAAUAUUACAAUCAUUAAAUAACAUGGUGAAUCACGAACAUCCAAAGGCUGUUGCCGGUGUACAUAAUAAUCAACAAUCUUAUAUAACAUCAUCACAAUUGGAUUUUCACAAAUUUGAAAAUGCAAUUAAAGACGCUUAUUUUAAAUUUGACCAAGAAUUACGGGAAGACUUACGUAAUCAAUCACCAGAAGAUAAAAGCGGAUCUACAGCUAUUUCAUGUUUGAUAGAUCCUGAGCGAAUAUAUUUUUUAAAUGUGGGAGAUUCUCGAGCAAUUCUUGUUUCAACAGAUGGUCGAAUAUUAAUGGCGACCAAAGAUCAUAAACCAAAUGAUCCUACGGAGAGACAAAGAAUUACAGAAGCUGGUGGUACUGUACUAAUUCAACGUGUAAAUGGUUCGUUAGCGGUUUCCAGAGCAUUAGGUGAUUUUGAAUAUAAAAACAGCAAUAAUCGGCGCCAAGAACAACAGUUAGUGUCACCAGAACCAGAAAUCAUGCAACAUUUACGAAUUCCGCCCUCAUCCCAAGAUUUAAAAAACAAUACAAAUAAACAUCAAAACGUACAACAAGACGAACAAGCAGCCUUUAUUCUUCUAGCUUGUGAUGGUAUUUGGGAUGUUAUGACCAAUGAAGAAUUAGGUGCAUAUAUCCUUGGACGAAUGCAAGUUACAGACGAUUUAGAAAGUAUUUGUAAUCAAGUGCUCGAUCUGUGUUUGUAUAAAGGUAGUAAGGAUAAUAUGAGUGUAGUUAUCAUCGCGUUUAAAAAUGCACCAACACCAAAUCCUGAAAUGCAACAUAAAGAUAAGAUUUUAGAUGACAAUAUUAAACAAAAAACAACUGAGUUGUAUCACAAAGUACAAAAACAAAAUUUAGACGCUAAUAGUCUUUGGCAACAAGUUAUGUUAGCUUUAAAUGAAAUACCAUCGAAUCGUGACACACUACCCCCAGCAGGAGGUUUUAUUUCAAAACGUUAUGUAUUUGAACAACAAUAUGCAAUAGAGAGCAAUGCACAGAAUGCUCAACGGAACACGAUAACGGAAACAAUCAAUGAUGAAUUAACGAUUAAUAAUGAUAAUAAUAACAAUGACUCAAAGCUUAGACCAACAUCUUCAUCACCACCAUCAUCAAUGGAUAGAAAUAACGAUCUAGCUGCUCCAACAUCCACAAUUUCAGGUUUGAUUGAAUAA